AUGGAUGCAAGUGAGGAUCAUAUGAAAGUUCGUCAGAAGUAUCCUCAAAUCUUGGGACCUCUAAUAUGGAGGUUUUCCUCCGCAGGUCGUUCUUUCAGGGAGACAACGGCAGCAGCAAAGAAGAUAUUGGUGCCGAAAAUUGAACUUCAAUUGAAUUGUAUCAAGAACCAGAAAGACGGCGCUGUGAAAAAAGGGGCAUAUUUUCUAUUGGAUCUUAUGAUUAAUCAAGCGACCAAAAAGCAGAAUGAUCUGAGUAAAAAGGAUCAAAGAAAGUUAUCGAACCUCAUCGUGGAUGAGGCUUUGUUCAUGCUACUGGAGUCCGGUCCUCCAGUAUUUUUCGUCACGACGUUUGUGUUAUGCGAAAUAAUGCGACACCCGGAAUAUAUAGGUCCUUUACGAACCGAAUUGACAGCUGCUCUAGCGUUAUUCCAGGGUGAAUGGAGCCUCAAAAUCUUCAAUCACACCCCAAGACUGGAGAGUUUUACCAAAGAGGUUCUUCGCCUUCGAAUUCCUCCUCUUUUGACUGGAACCCGAUAUGCGCUGAAGGACAUGCAUUUUCCAUCUUUGGGUACAACUGUGAAAGCCGGGAGCCAUGUGGCCUUAGCAUCCUUUUGUAUUCACUUGGAUCCAGAUCACUAUUCCGACCCGACCACAUUUGACGGCUAUCGCUUUUACAAUGCCGAUUCGGAGACCUAUAACACACGCAAUGCAGCAACACCUUCCGAGAAUUAUCUACCUUUUGGCAUAGGGGUUUCAACUUGUCCUGGAUCGUCGAUUGCAGUCCGGAUAUGCCAGCUUAUUAUCGGGAAACUUCUAAAUGACUACGACCUAGGAUCCAUGGAUGAAGACGUUCCUUUCAUCCAGUAUGCUCGAUGGUCCCAGACUCCCCUGCCUGGUCUUUCGAUGAAAAUUAAGAGGCGUCAAGAGGACAGCCCGUAA